AUGGAAUGGACGGCGUUCGUGCUCUUAGGACUCAUAAGUGGAGUAUCUUUGCUGAUGUUUUUUCGAAUCCAUUCUCUCUUUAGUGUUCCUGCUGGCUUGUUUAGGAGAUUUUGUACAGUUGGAACGACUAUGAAGUACUUGAGCCAAGAAGAGGCUCAAAAUAUAGAUUUAGAGUUAUUUAAUGAGUAUUCGUUUAGUGUAGAUCAGCUGAUGGAGCUCGCAGGACUGAGUGUGGCUGUAGCACUGACCAAGGCUUAUCCCAGAGGACAAGAUCAUCCAAACGUUCUUGUAUGUAGUGGUCCUGGAAAUAAUGGAGGAGACGGAUUGGUAGCAGCCAGGCAUCUCAAAUUGUUUGGAUACAAUCCAAAGAUAUAUUACCCGAAGAAGUCAGAAAAACAGCUUUUUAAGAAUCUAGUUACACAGUGUGCAAGGAUGGACAUCCCAUUCAUGGAUGAUAUACCAAAACCUUCGCAGAUUGAUUCUGACUACAAGUUUAUUGUGGAUGCCAUAUUUGGUUUUAGUUUUAAGGGAAAUGCAAGACCACCAUUUGCAGAUGUAUUAUCGGCCUUAAAAGAAGUUACAAUUCCUGUUUGCUCAGUUGAUAUUCCUUCAGGAUGGCAUGUAGAAAAUGGAAAUCCAGAUGGGAUAAAACCAGACUUCCUCAUAUCUCUGACAGCACCUAAGCUUUGUGCAAAGCACUUUGAAGGAAGAUUUCACUUUCUUGGAGGGAGAUUUGUUCCUGAUUCACUAGCACAAAAGUACAAUUUGUCUCUCCCAGAUUAUCCUGGAACAGAACCAUGCAUGCUGCUGUAGACAAAAUGAAUACAUAUUAUAUGGUUCAGUAACAUUGUUGAGAAGUGUCAUUUGUAAAAUUGAAAUAAAAAACAGAAGCAGUGGGAAGAUUGUGACCAUUGAGAAAAGUGGAUUUGGUUGUCACAGUGCUUUCUUUCAGUUUCCUCUAGGGUUUUUCCAUUAUGGAUUUCUUCUGGUAAUGGGACUUAUUGCCUUCAAAAGGAGCAGUAGGAACUGUGCAGAGCUCACAGACGUUACUAAAAAAACUGAAUAUUUAAUACACACAGUGGCUAUAUUAAAAGGAUGUAAAUAUCACUCAUGUAUAAUUAUGUAGUUUUCUGUUCUUCAGGAAUGAAAGAUAUCUGUGAUUUGCAGUUCCAAAAUAAAAUGCUUUCAUCUUAAUUUUA